AUGUCAACAAUUCUUGACCCUCAGCCCCCUAUAGACCCCGCGCAGAAGGCGCUCAUGAUGGCGAAGGACAGCACACUGGCGACAGCCGGAAUGAACGUUGUCGGUGGUUACAUCAUGGGCUUUGGAUUUUCCCUUUUCGGUGCCAUGAUUUCCGCGGAGACGUCGACGCAGCGCAUGGGCACUGCUGACUUCUUCCGUCACAGUCUCCGCAGCGCCAACAAGCUUGGAGGCAAUUUUGCCUACUUUGGUUUCCUAUUCGGAGGGAUUGAGGUGGCGCUGGAGAAGCGACGCGGGCGGAAGGACGCGUGGAACCCAACGGCGUCCGGUGCCAUUCUCGGCGGGGCGUACGGCUGGCGGUACUACAAGGCGCCGGGGCUUUUGGGCGGCGUGAUCGGCGGUGCGGCCUUUUCGCUGGUGUUUGAGCGGAUCAUUGACGCGCUUGGGUUUGCACAGCACUGA